CCUCGACUCUUCAUGACAGAAAGUGCCAUCUGCCUUUAUUUGCAUUUUCACGGGAACUUUCAUUUUGCAUUUUCAUGGGAAAGAGUGUUGCUUUUCAAGAAAGAAAAUUCCGGCGUUUUAAAACUUGAGGGCCAUUUUUUUUAUAACAAAAACACGCGACGACGACAAAUUUAGCUCCUUAAAGAAAUCGCGCGCUGCAGGUGCAAAACAAGAAUUUGUGUUUAUUGCUCAUCCUGAUUGUGUCUUUUUACGCGUGUUAAUUCAUUGUUAUCUGUUCAUCUCAGAAACAGAGACAAAUUUGACGGUGUUGCGUUUACAUAGUGCUCAGGUUGUUGACACCUUUAAAUAUUGUCAUUAGCGGCGGGUUUUGAUCAAUUUAGAUUUCAAACCGUUCGUGUAAGAAGUCUACUUGGCCUAAACCAACCUCUUGGGAUGUUCACUGUCUUGUUGGAAACGUUUAUUGAAUCGAUCAUUCGAAAAGUUUGCCGCGGAUGAUUGGACUACAGAAUGGUGUCUGCACGCUUCAAGAAACGCUUUAUAGCCCUUGUGUUCCUUGGUAGCAUUGCAGUGGUGUUCCUUUACAAAAUCCAACAGCAACGCAGCGACUACAUCGCCGGUGUUUUCAAGCAAACACAAGAUUUUUCUAGUAUCAUUCAUAAUAGAGACAAAUCCAACGUGAGACCGAGGAGUGAAGACGAGAGAGAGGAUCCAACGGAAGACGACGAGGACAUUUAUGACAACGGAAAUUUAGCUUAUCAAGAUAGUGGUAUCAACGCAACCGAGCCUCCUGGAAAGAUUCAUAGAGGAGUGGAAGGGGAUGACGAAGUCGAGGAAACAUUGGACUGGCUUCAGGAACAUGGCGCCACACCACCACCUGACCCAUCUCCUGCGACUGACACUGAGGAGACAACGACAAUGGAUCAGACUAGAAGUAGUACUCAGUUCUCUGUUCUUAGCAUUCCACCGAGUUCAACGCAAUCAUUGACAAGCGAACGUUCUCCAAUAACUGACACUGAAGAAACAACGACAAGAAGUCAGUCUAGCACUCAGUCUUCUCUUCCUAGCACUGCAUCGAGUUCAGCCCAAUCAUUGACAAACUACCUAUCUCCAAUAACUGACGCUGAAGAGACAACGGGAAUAACCCAGGCUAAUGCCGCUACUCAGUUUUCUGUUCCUAAGGCUCCUCAGAGUUCAACCCAGCGUUAUGGAGCACAGCCAGUCCAGUCCAGUUUACCUUUCAACGCUGACAUUUCCUCACAGGUCACGACACCGAGUACCACAGAGACACCAACGCCUAUAUACACAGCAUCUCCAAAUUUGAACUCAUGCAAGUUACCAAAUCUCGACCCGUGGGACCCCUCUAUUAGCCAUCUGUUGAGAGAUGUUGGCAAUGAUCCCGGAUGUAGAGGUGGAUAUCCAUUGCCUGCCUUUGACGUCAUGGAUAACAGGCUUAUCCUCACGAGGGAGGUUAAUGCAAGUUCAAUUGAUUUCAGCGAGGUAAAUGUGGAGACGAUUCACCGUGAUAAUGGUGACGAUGGAUACGUGCACUACGCAAAUCAAGGAAACCCGUUUAACGCUUCAGCGGAGGAAUUCCAACCCUCAAACGUGAUAAGUAAAUCAGAUUUUUUCGUCCUCAAGUACAAACUGACAAGUGGCAAAGAAGUCACUAAUUAUCUCGCUCGAGCUGUACCGCAGCAAGACGUGAUAGAUGAGUCGACUAGAGUAAGGGAGAAGUUAAAGCAACAAGGAAAGAAUGAGGGAUUGGGUUUGAAUGUUGUGAUGCUCGGAUUCGAUUCUGUUUCUGCUGCAAACUUUCGCCGAAAAAUGCCAAAAUCGAUCAAUUUUCUCAAGAGGUCACUGGAGACCUACUUUAUCUCCGGCCAAACUAUCGUGGGCGACGGGACCACGCCAGCGCUGACCGCGAUGCUCACGGGCUUACACGAGACUGAAGCCCCUGAGGGUCGUCAAGGGUAUGAAAACAGCGCCCCCAUCGAUAAAUGGCCCUGGAUUAUGAACCUGUACAAGGAGCACGGAUACGUCACGAUGAUGGGCGAAGAUGACCCUACCAUGGGCGCGUUUAAUCUGAGGCUCAGGGGUUUUGAGGAUCCUCCUGCCCAUCACUACGCAAGGCCCUUUUGGUUGGCAUUGGAGGAAAAAUACGAGCGAGACGAGCCAGGAUUGUGCUCGCGUUCAACAUUUAUGGUUAACUAUACCCUAGAUUACGUACUCAGCUAUUUCGCGGCUUAUCCGAACACUCCAAAAUUUGCUUUCGCUUUCAUGUCCUACUUGACUCAUGCUCACCCCAAUCAUCUCAGUUACGCAGACAACGACAUCGUGCGGUUACUCCGUACGUUUGUCGAUCGAAAUUACCACGACAAUACUGUGAUUAUCUUGUUUGGAGAUCACGGGUCGCGUAAUGAUGACUUUAGAAAUACCAUGCAGGGAAAGCUGGAGGAGCGGUUACCCUGGCUCUCUAUCUCAGUUCCUGCAUGGCUUGAAAAGAAAUAUCCGGAUAUAACCUCAGCCUUGGAACACAACCAGCGUGUUAUUUCGUCACCAUUUGAUGUGCACGCCACUCUGCGUCACGUGUUAACAUAUCCUGAAGAGCCUCGAGGAGAGAAGACUCAAAGCUUGUUUAGGAAACUAAACUACACAAGGACUUGUAGCGAAGCAGGAGUCGGCGAGCACUGGUGCCCAUGCCUCGAAUUCACAGACGUGGACACAACUCAUCCGGAAGUGAUAGUUGGAGCACAAAUGGCUGUCAAAUACAUUAAUGACGUCAUCCUAAAUCGUACAAAGCUACUGCGAACGUCAUGCGCUAGAGUCCAACUUAAAACGAUUCUUAAGGCUUCCAGUUACAGGCCGAACGAAAAGCUCCAGCGAUUUAGCAGUACAAACCAGGAUUCGGAUCGAGCUGUGAAUUUUGGCUUACCUACAUCAGACAGUCUUCACUAUAGAAUUAACUUUAUGACAAGUCCUGGGGACGCUUUAUUCGAAGCAACAGUGACUAUACGAGAGGACUAUAAUGUUAUCGUUAAUCCAAAUUUGAGUAGAACAAAUCUUUAUGGCAAUCAACCUAGCUGUAUUUUGCGUAAACAACCUUACGCUAGGAAAUUCUGCUAUUGUAAAGAGGUAAAACAUUAACAACUUUACGCUGAUAUUAUUUUCAAAAUUUAUUUUGGAAUUUUCCACGGGAUAUAAAUUUUGCAACGUUUUAGCUGCGUUAAUUAUUUUAUACUGGAGUCCAGAUGUAUUUUCAGCAUCUAUAUUAACAGUGAAAUUAAUCAGAACAGAAUCUAAUUUAUCCAGAGAAUAUGUAUACAAAUUCAAGAGUGCUUGUUGGGUAAAAUUGUCUUUCUUACCGAGUAAUAAAUUCUCCCAACUAGAAAUAAGGGAGACGCGUAGAGACUGGUAUUGAAUUUGAACUCAUGCAUGGUACUUUGAAUCAAGUUUCAAAUAGCAAAUGAGAAUGAGCAAUAUCAGCUUUUUAGCUGUUUAAAUCAUGAUCUAUUUAAUUGAGCUCAGGUACGCUGUUUUUGUGUCAUUCUGUCACUUGCAAACCUUAAGUCAAAAUUCCUAAUGGUUAAAAUUGACGAAAAUCGCUAGAAGCUCUUAUGAGAGAGACAGCGAUGAAUAGACAAAGUUAUGCUAGAAUAGAACAUAGCGUGGUUUUCUUCACCAGGUGAAAUCUGGGUUUGAAAAAAGUGUUAAAUGUUAACCGCCCAUAAUGGUUUCGCUUAGUUUCUCUUGUUCUUCAUUUAUUACUUUUACUCAUCUCAAAUUCGAUCUGUUCGCUUUGUUACCGAGAUUUCAUCAGAGAAUGAACAUUUUUUAAAAAAUAGCCAGUUAUAAUUUGUAGUCUUAAUUAAAACAGCAUGACCUAAGCCCCGUGCCAAGGUACGACCGACACUUGCGUGACGUAGCCUCUUUUAUGAGGUGCAAGUUUUAUAGGGUUCUUCUGUUCAUCAUUUUGAUUUGUUAGGUAUCUUUUAGUAAUCAUGCGCCUGCCUCGGACAUAUACUUGUUAGGGGUAGGAUUAGGACAGUCUUGACAAUAUAUUUAUUUAAUUCCGCUCCUUGUGAGCGGAUGACAGAAAAAUACCACACAUUGGCUGGCCAUUGUUGUUCGAAAUUGGUCAAAUUUUAAGCCUAGACAUUGUUAGAUUUUCAAGAAAAUAAAUAAUCGGUUUAUACAUGCACAUUGGGAGUAAGUCUCUUUGGGUCAGGGAGCGAGAAAGUUGACGUCCCAUAAGAUCAACUUUCUAUCUCAUUGCAAAGCUAGUUUCCAGGGUCUUCGUUAAUUAUCCCGCUCAAGGACGGCAAGAGCCUGGAAGAUAAUCAAUUUCGCUAAUUUUUCUCUGCUUUUUAGAUCAAAAUAUGAGUUCUCAGAAUAACUGCAGGUACGUAUCGACUUUGCACACGUUGAAGCGAAAAAAAUUUUCACCCUCAAUUUAAAUAUCCCGCCCUUGUUAAAUGAGAAGACGAACCAAUCAAAUGAUUGCGUUUAAUAAGCCAUGCGGUGCGUGGCCGCGAAACAUUUGAAAAUUUAAAAUGCAAAUUAUACAUGUGCUAAAACAUUUGCUAUGUGGAGUUGUUCGGUCGGACAUAUACCUGUACGUUCAAGAAUUUAUCCAGCAGAAAUUAAACUUUGCUUUCGGCCACUUCUGGGAACAAAUAUCAAGCUUUCAUUUGGGACUCUCCUUUCGGUUUGAGCUGUGACGAAAUACAAAUACCUGCGACAAGAAAUUAUUUCAAGCAAACCUUGCAAGCACGUGCUUCGAGUGAGCUUGCCAAGGUAAGAACUGUACACGAAAUCAGUGUCUUUUGUAGAAUAGACUUAGCCUUUUUCUUCUUUGAACAUGUUUUAUAAAACGUUGGUAAACAAUUGGGAAUUUUCGAAUAUUAGUCACGCUUUCUCCACUCAUCAAUAAACGUCGGCAUUUAGAACUCUCACUAUCGGAGAAUUCAUUCGACCGAUGGUGACUUUUUGUGAAAGGAAACUUGCAAAGGACUGAUAAAAUUGAGUUCUUUCUCUCGGAGAAGAGGAAUUUGAUAUUUGCGCAUUUUGCAUUGAGCGCUUAUGACAUUUUCGAAGUAUGUGUUAUUAUCAGCAAAACAAGAUUGAUAAGAAAAGCCAGGGCGAAAAGCCUGUAUACUCAGUAUUUCUAAAAGCAAUAGCAUAUAGCUCAUGAUAAUAUUUCAUUCUUUUUCCAGGACUGAGAAAUGGCGAUAAAACAGACUAGAUUCCAUGGAGUGGUGUGAUCCUUGACACGAUAACUUCAGACUGGUAUUGCUGUGGUUCCUCGUGGUUUGAAGAUCACAGAUGCCCUUCUGAUCAAAAUAUGAAUACAAAGCGACUUCUUGCUGGGGCUUCUGGUGGACUCUCAUUGGCGGAUUUCCGUGGAUUGUCUUGGACUCUUAUGGACGCACGAUGCCUGCUAACAUGAAGAAGAUUCUGGAUAGGUGAAGGACAAUAAUUUAGAUACACCAUGACUGAUCGACAGUCAAUUUCUCCUCACAAAAUCAGUGUAUUUUAAAACAGAAAAGUGACUGGAAAAUCUGUAUCUUAAUUGUCUUGCUGUACCGCCAAAUUCUCGCAACUGUUGCUAAGAGAAACGUUUAGGAGUUAAGAAAGAGAAUUCAUAUCUUGAACUUGAGACUGAACGGACUGAAUAAACGUGGAUCCAUGUUAUUGAAACCACAACCGAAAAAUGAUUUCUUUAGCCGACCAUACGCUCAAUUUAACUUUUUGGGAAGAAAUUCUUGUUUGCUUGUCAGUACUGUAGUCAGCUGAAAUUGUCUCGAAUCUCGCCACAUUCGCUGUUUCAUUACAGUCAAAGCUCACCAAUCGUUCAACGAAUCACUCAUCUUUGAAAACUAAAAGCUAGCGGUUAAGUAGUAUUUUCCGAGUCGUUUCAAUUUGUAAUUUUGAUUUGUUUAGCUGACCGUGCACCUAAAUUAUAUAUAUAUUUUAAGUUUUUUGAAAGAAUUAAAUUAUCGAUCGCUUGUUUACCACGCAGUCAGUUGGAAUUGUCUUUGAAUUUCACCAAAUUUCGCUGUUUGUUUGGCCAAACCGUGCAACUAAAUUGUUCGGGUUUUUUCAAGAUUUUUUUGAAAGAAUUAAAUUUUCGUUCGCUUGUUUACCAAGCAAUCGGUUGGAAUUGUCUUGAAUCUCGCCAAAUUUCGCUGUUUGAUUAGUCAAAUUCGACAAGCCCUAAAUUACACAGAAAAUCUUAAUAAGCACAUGCUGGUGUAGUAAUAUUAUUUUCCUUUUUGUCUCGAUUUAACUCUUACUCAAGAUUUCUUUUGCUGACCAUGCAACUCAAAUCGCUUGUUUACUGCGAAAUCAGAAUGAAUUGUCUUGAAUCCAGAUUUCGCCAUUUGUUUACCUUUAAAAUUCGACAUAUGCUGAACUACACAGCUUUUUUUUUGGAGCAAAUUUUUCAAACUAAAAACUAGCCUAUAAAUCGUUUAUUCCGAGUGGUUUCAAUUUAGAACAUGGAUCCGCACUUCAUUUGUAGCCAAUCCUUUUAAAACUUUGAAGAAAUAUUUUUUGCAAAGAAGCUCUCAAGUAAGUCAACGGAAAAUUACCUUCAAAACCCGAGUAAAAGUUUACUUGAAACUGAUGUAAAAAAGCAACGAGCCAGUUUUGAUUUUAUUCAAUGUUUACACGUAACUUCGACAGACUUAGUAUACACUCGUUCGUAAAAAUGUUCGUUAGUCUAUAGUCUUAGUUUCGACUACUGUGUAUUGUUUCUUAAAACUUGACAAUUUGUGAUUAGUUUUUGCCAGAAUUUUAGUUAAUUUUGGACGUUUCAUCCUUAGAUUUAGCAUUUCUUCGACUUAUUAGUUUUACUUCAUUGACUCUUGUAAUUACUACAAAUAAUUUUCAGACUUAGAAAUGUAGCUUGCAGUAAAAUGUACAAUUGUAUUAGCUGUAAACAAGUUUGCCUUAAUAAGACUUGUAAAUUAAAGUAAAACAAAAAACUUUACAAGUA